AUGACGAAGUUCUACCAUGUUCGAAGCCAGCGCCCGAGGCUUAGGCUAAUUUUGUGCGUGGUUUUGGCUUUUUGUAUUGUUUCUUUGUUCACGGGCCAAUUUUUUGACUACCAUCGGGCCAGGACGCCCGAGGUACAUCAACCUAACCCAACGAUAGGCAAGGUGACCAUGGUUUACGGGAACAAUUCGAUAUAUGAAAGGGCGUUGGAAACGCAUAGAGAACACAGUCGGCGACAGGGUUAUCCGCUAUUUGUUCUGCGGAUACCGAUACUUGAUGGCGUCUGGAACAAGUACGCCAUUCUUCUGUCAGUCUUGCUACAGGAGCUGGAAAAACCGCUCGACCGGCGAUUGCAAUGGCUUUUCUGGUCUGAUGCCGACACCGUGUUGAUGAAUCCUGACAUGCCAUUGGAGACUUUCUUGCCUCCGCCGGAGUUCUCUGAUGUCCACAUGCUGUUGACCAAGGACUGGAACGGGAUGAACAACGGGGUGUUUCCCAUUCGUGUCCAUCCCUGGGCCGUAGAAUUGCUCUCUGCUGCCAUUGCUUACCCCGUUGUGAAGCCAAACGUCGAGCUUUUCUGGCCUGACCAGUCAGCGCUAGCCAAUCUCUUGGAAGAAAAUGAGUACUUUGCUCGAUCAGUCGUAUACUGCCCGUUACGUUGGUUCAAUGCAUAUAUGAGACGGCCAAAUGGGGUAGAUUUGAAUCCCGAUUCACCAGCGCAUCUUCAGGUUCACCCAGGAGACCUUCUCGUUCACUUCCCGGGGACACCGCGUGACACGUUGACCCAGACAUUGGAACCAUAUCUUGCCCUAGCAGAAGGGCAUCGGGGGGAGUGGGAUAUACCCCCGGAAAGGACGGGGUACAUAGAGGAGACGAAGAGAUUCUGGGGAAGCAAGCGUCGCCUGUCGAUGAGUAAGUAG